AUGAAGAGGCAAAUGAUGAAGAAAGCGAUAAGCACUGCUCCGACCUUGCGCAGUGUUUGUCCUUUACAGGCAUACCUCUUCCUGUGUGAAGUGGGAGACAGAUCGUUCCGGCGAAGGAGGCAAGGAAUCGCAACGCAGUCCAUCAUCAAGAACUCCUUCCUAACCAAGGAGUAUUAUGAUAAAAAGAAAAAAAAAAAUAUCGACCUUUUUGAUUUUGUCCCCCCGGAGAAUUUCGUAUCCUCGUAUUUUGAAAAACUGGAUAAGUGUUAUUCGAACCCACGAUCCAUACUGCGGUUGUACAAGGAUUACAUCGAGAAGGAGGAUUACCCCAAUUACAACUGGCUAGUGAGGUGCUUCUGCCAACUAGCGAAUGUCUUUGGAUUUAACUCCUUCUGGAGCGUUAAGGAUAAGCAAGCCAUUCACGAUCUGAAAUUGUUUAAAUUCUUGGUGUACGACUUGAUUGAAAGAAAGGAAGGAAUUAAAGCAAGACAUUGUCCCAGACUACUAUACGCAAUGUCUUGCCUAGACUACAGGUGCUAUUAUCUCCUGCCAACUAUUUUGGAACUGAUAGAAAUAAAUCUACAUAAGUUCCGCGUUCCAACAUUGUCUAUGAUGAGUUUCUGUUUAUCCUACCUAGGAUUGACAAACCAGGAAGUGCAAUUUGGCUCCUCUAAUAAUCUCUCUAGAAGCUACAACUUAAUAGAAAAGAUACUUAACAAUAUAUACGAAAGGAAAGAUGAAGCCAAAGGGGAUAUGUCUAAUUUCUGUUGGUCAAUCUUAGCGUAUGUUAUCGUCGUAAACAACAUGUAUGAAUUUCCUCUUAAUGAUGAAGGGAGGGGAAAAGAAUAUAUAACAUUUUUGCCGGAAAUUUUAAAAAAUGCAUGUGAAGGAUUAACUAAGGAAAAUAUUGCAGAAAGUGGGUGGGUUCAAUAUUACCUCUAUAUGACCCUCUACUGCUGUGAUGUUGAGAAACCAAGCAACGAAAGAAGCAUAAAAGAAAGCGUUCCCUAUUUCAUUCAAGAGUAUUUACAUCUAAAAUGGCUAGAUAAUAUAUUGAUAACUGCCCAAAAUCAGGGUUCAGAAAAAAUGCAACUGGAGAUGGAAAAUAUUAUACAAAAGUUACAGCUAAAAAAUUUCUUCAUUAAUCUAUCUGUUGGUCGGAAGAUAGAUGAACAACAUUGUUUUUUUACUUCCCAUUUUUAUAAGCCUUUAAAUUUAUGCAUCGAGUAUGAUUACUUCCAUCCCAUUGGUUCUAAGAGACCAUUGGUCAGUGGUACCAUAUCAUUAAAAAACAGGCUUUUUAAAAAGCUCAAUUUUAACGUUGUUAAUAUUCAUAAGUGCUUUUGGGAUACUCUGACAGAGGAACAGAAGGAAUCGCAACUUGUGCGUCUUUUGGAAGUGUUUCAAGGAGAGCGUGGUGGAAAGAAGCAAAAACAACAACCACAGGAGGAGCUUUAUCAGGAGAAGUACAUGGAUUCGAAUUUGCUGCACUUGAAACAUAAGAGGGUCAAGUUUCGUACUUGGCCUCCUGAGCAUAUAACUGUGUAG